AUGUCUCUGAAUGUCUUACUUGAGCAGAGUGAAAGGAGUAGUAAGGAGCUGAGGACAAUGAUGGAGGUCACGCAGAGAGGGCGCAAAUGUGAUGAGGUGACAGAUAGACAGAAAUUGCAGACCAAACUGAACCAGGUCAACAGCAUUCUAAGGACUGAACAGGCCUCUCGGGAGGAAAAGCCAUUCUGGAUGGAACAGAGGAUCUCAGAGCUGGAGAAAGAAGUGGUCCGGAGACAAUCCAGCGAACAGGAAUGCCUCAGCCGCCUGAAUUUCACUAAUACAGAACUGGAAAAGUACAAGAUCAAGUACUCUGAAGAGCGACACAAGCGCUUGUGGUUGUAA